CGCCUGUGCUCCGGAGGGAGGGCGGGGAAGGAGCCCCGCUCCCCCCCGUGAGGCACACGGACACGGACACGCACACGCAAGCAGCCCCCGGCGCGGGGGGCUGAGCGGGCGGCGGCCCCGGCUGCGUCAGCGCUGUGCAAACACCGGCCGCGGCGCCCGCCGCUAUUUAAGGGGCCGCGGCGGAGACUCCCCCCAACUCUCCCCGCCUGGGCGCACACCGGCCGCGCUCCCUCCUCGGCUCCGACCGCGGGAAAGCGCAGCGGGAAGCAAUGUACAGCGGCAUAUGCAUCUGCGUGGUCCUUGCUGUGCUCUCGGCGAGCUCGUUCGGACAGCAAACCGCGGGCUCGCGCAGUGGCAAUGCGCUGGCUGCGGAGCUGGAGCAGAGCCUGGCAGAACAUCACCGGCCCGGCCGCGCCCCCUCGGCCGCUGGCCCGCUGAAAUCCGUGCCGCGGCUGGAUGGGAGCGUUGACCAAAGAGCUAACCUCGGCGCUUUGCUGGCCAAGUAUCUCCAGCAAGCCAGAAAAGGUCCUACUGGAAGGCUCUCAGUUAUGGGGAACAGGGUACAGACCAUCGAUCCUACACACAGGAUAAAUGACAGAGACUACAUGGGCUGGAUGGAUUUCGGACGCCGCAGUGCUGAAGAAUACGAGUACUCUUCCUAAAGAACAGCAAACUAUAGCAACAGAAAAAAAAUCACACUCCCAUGUCUGUACAGAAAGAGAAAAAUUAAUUCGUUGUCCUCUUUGAAUCAGUGUUUUAAGAUAUAUCAUGUAUUUGAUGUAAAUUUGUCUGUAAGACUAUACAAUGCAAUAUCUACAUAUGCAGAAUUUUCCAGAAAAUGUUUUCUUUCUUUUGUGGUUUCUCAUACAUUGAUAUUAUAUUAAAAUGAUUUAACUUAUCCCUUUUUGUCCUGUCACCGCAUGUCACUGGGUGUCUUACUAUAAGGAGAGGCAGGAAAAUGCCUUCAUUCUGCAAUGUAAAUAUAUUCUAUGUGACGAGUAGUCAAGACAAAUGAGCCGCUUUUCUGAAAACUCGUGUCAGUCCCAAUAGCUGUGAACUCUUAAGGGGAACUUGUCCAAAUACAAACAGAACGGCACAGUACUGCCAGAAAAGGCCAGCUGUCUUCAGAGUGACCCCGUUUGUAGAGGGCCGAGUUACCCACCAAGCCCGCACCUUUGUGGUGAAUAAACAGUCCUAAAACUAAAAGAGGAGCACCACCACCCCACUUCAUCUUCCCGGCUUAUUUAUUUUAUGUUGUGAACUAAAUGUGAAAGUUCUGCUGACGGCUGCGAGUCACGGAAUAAACAGAGCAUUCCCUGC